AUAUAACAUUCCCCACCCAGUUGCACAACCUAUAAUGUCUGAAACUUCCAACCCAGCUACAGUUCCACGUUGUAAAUGGGCAGAGCAAGUUGCUGAAAAGCCUCAACAACAAGACUGCACAGCACAAAAAAGAGGAACACCAGGGUCUGCAGCCAUGGCUGAGUACAAGGUAGAGGUAAAAACUGGGGACCAGCCGGGUGCAGGAACGUGGGAUCACAUUUUGGUGACAAUAAUUGGAGAUGCAGGAGAAAGUGAGCGAACAAAUCUGGACAACUUUGGCAGAGACUUUAAGAGUGGGAAGGUAAGUGGAGCACUGCACGUUGUUGGAUUUGCGUCUCCUAACGUAUUCCUGAAUUCAUGUGUUUCAUCGUAGGUGGGGACUUACAUCAUAAAAAGCAGCUCAUCUCUGGGGAGACUUCUGCUGCUCAAAGUGGAGAAAGACCCCUGCCUUACUUUCAAAGACGAUGAAUGGUACUGCUCUACCAUAAAAGUGACCACUCCUGAAGGAGAUGAUAUCCUCUUCCCCUGUCACAGAUGGAUUUCCAGAGGUGAAGAUGUGCAGCUGAGAGGUGGCCCAGCCAUGAAGACGUUUGAUGAUGACCACCCUCUGUUGAUUGCACAUCGGAGCAAUGAGAAGGAAUUUAAAAAAAGCAUUUACCAAUGGGGCAAGUACGUUGAUGGCCUACCAUAUAUGUUGGCCAAUGAAGAUGGAACCAAGCUCCCAGCUGAAAUGCAACGAACUAAAACUACAAAUGAUGAGCACAACAACUUACAGACGAAAAUAAGCCUUGAACUUAUGUUCAAGGGGAAUUUAAAAUCAACGGACACAUGGGAAAGCCUUGAAGCCUCGAGUAAUGUCUUGAACAAAAAAACUAAAGUUUCUGAGUACAUAAAGAAACACUGGAUGGAAGAUGAAUUUUUUGGAUACCAGUUUUUGAAUGGAAUAAAUCCUACAACGAUCAAACGCUGCACCACACUACCACAAAACUUCCCAGUCAGAGAAGAGAUGGUGAGGCCAUUCCUGAGAGAAGGCACCUCGCUGUAUAAGGAAAUGGAGAAAGGCAAUAUAUUCAUUUAUGAUAUGAGGAGGAUGGACGGAAUUCCCGGUCGGGAUGGUGAUAAUGGUGGACCUCUGCAGUCCGUGACUCCCGGUCUCUGUUUGUUCUAUUCAAACCCAGAGAAACAACUUAAACCAAUAGCCAUACAGCUGCACCAGAGACCAUCAGCACAAAGUCCCAUAUUCCUGCCGAGUGACUCAGAGACUGAUUGGCUGCUGGCCAAGAUGUUCAUCAAGAGUGCAGACUCAAUGGACCAUAAGGUGGUUCAUCACCUGUUGUUUACUCACUUUCUAGUUGAAGUCUACGCUGUCGCCGCUCUACGCUGCUUCCCUGCGAUUCAUCCACUCUACAAGCUCUUGAUUCCACACUUCCAAACCACGAUCUUCAUGAACGCUGCAGCCAGGGAAAUUCCUUUUGGAACUGAAGCACUAACUAUAAGCUCCAUUGGAGAGGCUGGAUGCAUGGAGCUAAUGAGAAGGUCUUUGUCUGAACUGACCUACAGCUUCAUGUGCUUCCCGGAGAACAUUGCCGCUCGAGGACUGGAGUCUGUCCCUAACUUUUACUACAGAGAUGAUGGACUCAAAGUGUGGAACAUCAUCAAUGGAUUUGUCCAUGAGGUUGUGAAGUUUUACUACCCCACAGACUGUCACGUCUGCAAGGACAGUGAGCUGCAGAAAUGGAUCAAAGAGAUAUUUUCCUAUGGGUUCUUAGAAAGACAAUCCUCAGGAAUUCCUUCAUCCUUCUGCUGCAUAAAUGACCUGUCCAAAUUCCUGACGAUGAUCAUCUUUACCUGUACAGCUCAGCACAGCGCAGUCAAUAAUGGACAGUACGACUACUACUCCAAUGUGUACAAUAAUUCAAUUCUACUGCGCAAACCUCCACCAAGCACUAAGGGCCAGACAACCAUGAAGACUAUUUUGGAGACCCUCCCAAAUGUUGGGGAGACCGCCAGCUUUGUGGCACUGGCAAGGUUGCUCAGCACAGAUUUGUCAAACUUUGUUCCCCUUGGCAGCUACCCUGAGGAGCGCUUUGAUGACCCUGCCAUCCUGCAGAUGAUUAAGGAGUUCCAAGCAGAGUUGUCCUACCUGAGUGAAGAAAUAACAGCAAGAAACUCCCAGAUGGAGUGUCCGUAUGAAUACAUGCUUCCCUCGUUGAUAGAGAACAGCAUAGCAAGAUGAUUUAGGCAAAGGCAGCAGUCAUGAUUUAAUAAUCACUGUAAAGCUCAGUGCUAAACGGUUCCUUUGAUUUGGGGCAUGCUAUAAUAUUGGGUGAUUUUCUACAUAAGUAAUGAAAAAUAGCAAUGAAACUUUUUUUUGUGGACCCACUUCCCAGUUGUAAGAAAUACUAUGUGAGCUGUUUAUGUGGAAAUCUUACAGAUUAAAGACCAUAAUCUAC